CUUAUUAUUUUUUGUUCUUGUUUUGUUGGUAGGUCUGUUACAGGGUCACUGUUAUGGACGCCUCUUUUGGAUUCGUCUGAAUGCUUCCUUUCUGCAAGACAAGCCGUGGAGUCUCGGAGUCACCGGUAAACCUACAACUAAUGUCCACAUUUGUUUUUGUUUCUGCUCUGUCCCGUUCUCAUUUUAUUUUCCGAUUACUAGGUUCAGCAGGCGAAGUCUACUUGCUCACCCCGUCGUUUGCAACUAAAUGCGGCUACACUGUAUCGCAGGAUCCGUUUGGUAACGUGCUAGUUCGUGCAUCGGUUAUGGCUUGUAUGGUAGUUAACGAGGGUGAUGAUUUAUUUAGCCUGAAUCUACAAAUUCAGUUUGGUCCCAUGGAGCGAGCAUCAACUUACUUGCAUACAAUGAGCUGUUCCUAUUUUCCAUGGCAAGCACGAGAAAUCUUGUGUGAGCAAAACUACAUGGAGGUUUCAGUACAAAGAGUAAUACCAGGAAUUGAGAAUGACCACAAUGAAGAUUGGAUGGCAGCAGUUCCAUCUGCUCACGAAGCUGAAAAUGCCAUUUGGCAAGUUGUAUUUCAUCUUCCUGAAGGAAUGAAGAUCAUGACUGUCAAUGAAACAUUGAGUAAUCAUUACAGAAUUGACACUACAGUUUCACGUCUAUUGUUAAGAGCUCCCUACAAUGCAACUGAAGUUGAACUGUUACUGGUAGAAAAUGUGCCCGUUUCAAGCAUUCGAUCAACUACUUUCUACAAACAAGAAUGGAUGAUCCUCUUGAUUGACACAACAGUGGCCUGUCCUACAGGUGGCACUACUUACACUGAAGAUGAGAUCAUCUGGAGAAUACCAAGAGUCAUCCCAACACUUUCCUCUCCUGAAGAACAGUUCUAUGAUGACUCGAUUGUUUUGGGAGUUAAUGGUGUUACUCUAACCCCAGAUAAAAUGGCAGAGCUGAAUUAUCCACUGGCAUACAAUGACACAAACAUUGUUGUCACUAUUCCUAUUGGAGCAAAAGGUGGAAAUUAUAAGAGCCAUGUAGUUCAAGGACAGUACGGCAUUGUGUACUCGAUAGAACUGCUUGCAGAACAUCAAUGGGAGCUGACCAAAUACACAAUCGUCCAUCCAGUUGCCUCUCCCUUCAUGCCUCGGCCACCAAUUGUGACCAAUAAUACCAUUCCAGAAAAGCGCACAUUCAAUGUUUCUGUAGGAAACUUCCUUCCUGAUGUAGAGCUUGUAGCUUUAACUGUAGGUACACAGAUAAUCCCAGUGGAUGAGGCAAACAAGACAGGGUUCACAAUCUAUGAAAUGCCACUGCCUAACAACACCAAAGUCUACGUAGUGGAAGUUCCAUUUGAGAAUGAAAAUAUAGAGCAAGAGCACCUACAUACUAACAUCCGCCUCUACAUAUUUGAUGUCAUCUAUAUAUUCAAAAUAAUUCCAGAAAAUGAACCUUUUCAUCAGCAUGUAAAAAUAGUACAUGAAAUACCAGAUAUUGUAUUGCCCAAGGCUACUGGGUACUGUGAUGAUAAGAACUUGUAUCUACUAGUAACUCAAGGAAAUUUAGUCAACUAUUGGCUUCCAUUCAUUGAUGAACUUCUGAUAACACAACAAUCUUCACAAAAUUAUGGAUACUUGCUUGUGGAUAAUGCAACCCAUAUUUUAAUUGGUGUUCCACUUUCUGGACGGAGUGUGAUUUAUGAGGAACUGAGUCUUCAAAGAAUUGCAGCAAGACUCAACCUGACAUUGAAGGACAAAAAUACAAUGAAGAUUCAGAUUCACUUUUCUGUAGCCUGCAAUUUUCUUCCUGGAGAUCUUGUGUGUGUUUUUCAAAUCUUGCAAGUAUCUAACUAUUUAAUUUCCUUGUUAGUGUGCUUUCCAAACGGAACAAUGGUGAUCACGGCAGUUGUGGAUACACUACCUGACCUGGAUCCUGGUAAAAUGGUUCUGAAUGAUGGAAAAUGCCAACCAAAAGAAUUUAACGAUCAUAAAGCACUCUUUAAGUUCAACAUUAAUAGUUGUGGCACCACCAGAACAAUUCGUGGGAAUUACUUGAUCUAUAAGAAUGAAGUUUCGUACCCAAGAGAAGUUAUUCCUGUCAACUUCCCAGUGAUAACUAGAGACCCUGAUUAUCGUUUAACAGUUUCCUGUCGAUUUGAAGUGAACAAUACUCUGUCUGUUGGGGUUGUGAAGAGAUAUCAGAAAGAUGCCCGGCAUCCUGCCAAUUUGCAAGUAGUGAGGAGAGUCAAGAGACCAAGGCAUACUUCAGAACUGUACUCUAAGAUUUACAAAACUGCUGAUUACUUUGAUUUUUACAAGGAUGAAGAAUACCCAGUGGCUUUGAAUUGGACACAAACCCUUUAUUUUGAAGUUGAGCUUCUGAACAAUAACAAUCGUCAAACUGACCUGGUGUUGGAUCAUUGCUGGAUGACUACAACACCUGAUCGCAACAGCCUACCGCAAUGGCAUGUUAUCAGGGCUGGUUGUGCAAGCAAUGAAGAAAUAUUUGUCACUGCAUUCCAUCCUGCAUCCAACACCACCCAGAACUUUCACCAGCUGAAAAGAUUUGAAGUAAAAAUACAGAAACUAUCUCUCCCACAAGAAACGGUGUUGCCUGAAAAAAUAUAUGGCCACUGCAGUGUUGUGAUCUGCAUUAAUAAUCCAGAUACAAAUUUUUCUUGCGAUGGACAAUGCACAGUAGAAAAAGGCCAGAGUACCUACCUGAACAUGCACAAAGAAUAUGUGUCACUUGGAGAAGUUUGGCUUUUUGCUGGAAGGUUGGAACAUGCAAAAACUGAAGAUUAUAGGAUUGGUGUUGAUCUUUCAAGAUUACAGGCAAAUAACCCUUAA